AUGCCAACGCGUGUAUGCGCGCCCAAAACUGUGAAUCAUUACAAGCCGUUCAAGAUGUGCGAACUGUUUGCUCCCAAUCACCGCCUGCAGAUCCCACCAAUGUUACCACCAGUGUCACUUCCACAUCUGAAACUAGCCCAGUUGGCCCUGCGACUAGUACCCCACGUCCUCCGACCCCGUACCAACCGCCACACCAGUCCCUACGCCAACCCCCACGCCACCCGCAGCCCCCACGCCAACCUCUGUAGCGACCGUUACACUCAAACAUUCGCCCUCACAUCUGGGCAGGUCGUCACGUUUGGUGUCAGUGGUACCGUCAUGACCACCUUCACCGCUAGUUCACAAUUGACUACAACGCGGAUUGCGACGAUACUCCAACAGGAUAAUGCAGGAGAUGAAGGGGGCGGAGGAGGUAGCUCAGACGUGGGCGCUGGUAAUAUCAAUGGCGCCCUUAAACUGCAAGCAGGAUAUGGUCUCUCAAUAGGAACAACCACUUGGUUACUUGGGCUCCUCGCGGGCGCUUUACUGGUAUUGUAA